UUCCUUCACAAAACAACCCUUUUCAGGAUUUCAGAAAUCUCACUCUUCUCUGUAAAAUAAAAAAAUGGAGCAAUCUGAAGAAGCACUCGGCAUCAGAAUCUACACAGCAACCCCACCAGAAGGCUCCACUCCGAAAUUAAAUAACACUUCCACCAAUCUCCCCGAACGUGGCAAAAAGAGACGAGCAAUGGCGAAAGGAGUGCAAAAGACCAUCUCCAAAACCUCAAUGCUGGCAAACUUUCUUCCCACAGGCACCCUUUUAACCUUUGAAAUGGUCCUCCCAUCGGUUUACAGCAAUGGCGAUUGUUCUCAAGUCAGCACCUUCAUGAUUCACGUCCUUCUCGGCCUCUGCACGCUCUCCUGCUUCUUCUUUCACUUCACGGACAGUUUCCGGGGCCCUGACGGGAAAGUCUACUAUGGAUUCGUAACGCCGAAGGGGCUGGCGGUGUUCAAGCCCGGCCUGGACGUUGAGGUACCAAAAGAGGCGAGGUUCAAAGUAGGCUUAACGGAUUUUGUUCAUGCUGUGAUGUCGGUCAUGGUGUUUGUGGCCAUAGCGUUUUCGGAUUACAGAGUUACAAGCUGUUUGUUUCCAGGGCACGAAAAGGAGAUGGAUCAAGUUAUGGAGAGUUUUCCAUUGAUGGUGGGGAUUGUUUGCAGUGGCUUGUUUCUUGUGUUUCCAAAUACUAGAUAUGGAAUUGGCUGCUUGGCUGCAUAAAGAGGACAAGGGCAAAUAACUAUUUGUACUAGUAAAUAAUUAUGUAUCACUUGCUACUUUGGGGAAGAUCAACUUCAUAAUUUGUAAGAUUUAUCUGAUUUUUUUAAGAAAUGUAAUUUUUAUUUUGAUCUUGG